AUGCCAUUCCUUACUGCAGGUAUGUUCGUGUGGGGUGGAGGGCCUGUGGUCCUCCCCAUGUUGAUGACCUUCUUGACGCCUCAGUGGAUCUCCCCGACGAUCUUCCUGGCGGGCAUCUCCUUUGCCGAGAUGAUGCCAGGGCCCGUCUUCAAUAUCUCGUGCUUCCUGGGCAUUCAGCUUGCGAUCAACAGUGGCUGGAACUGGCUUCCUGGUAUUGCUGUUUGUUGGGCAGGCCUCAUGGGUCCGGGCAUCACACUGAUCUUUGGUGCCUAUACACUUUGGGAUGAGCUCCGCAAGCAGCGCUUGUAUCAACAUGCCCUUCCAGGCCUCAACGCAGCAGCUGUGGGUCUUCUGGUACCAACCAUGUUCGUGGUCUAUGACACUCUUCAGGAGCGAAGUCCAUGGCAAGCAGGCAGCAGAGCUUUGGUUGUCCUAGCGUACUACUUCAUCGAACUUUGUAAGGUGAAUGUGCCUGCGGUGGUGGUGGCCUUUGGUGCGGCUGGACUAUGCUGGGCCCUCGCUCAGUGA